GCCGUAAUUCAAAGAAAACGCUAGGUGGCGCUGCAGUGCUGUCGUGUCAAGUAUGGCUGCUCCCGCAGAAAGCAUGACUGAGGAAAACCCGGAGGAUGUUCCUCUGGAGAAAACAUACACCGUCGAGGUACUCCAGUUAGUGAGAGAAGCACAACAGCAACAUGGGUUGAGGCACGGUGAUUUUCAAAGAUACAGGAGCUACUGUUCCAGAAGAAUCAGGAGAAUUAGGAAGUCCUUACAUUUUCCUCAGGGAAACAAACAUAAAGUCCAACCAAAGAAAAUAACAGUAGAAAAACUGACCGAUGUCAGGUACCUACACCUUCCAUUGUUUUGUGCUGAGAGAGCGUGGUAUUAUGCCAUGCAGUUGAAAUCCGAGGCCAACACAGAGCCCCGGAAAAGGUUCCACAUGUUGGCCCGCGUAAGGAAGGCCCUGGUGUAUGCCGAGGAGUUCACUGGUCUCUGUGAGAGUUCUAAAUGUGACGCCAGGACCAAGCUAGAGAGUCAGGCAUAUUUAUCCCUGAUGAAAGGAGGAUUGUAUUUUGAACAAGAAGACUGGAAGGCAGCAAUGGAAUACUACACAAAGGCAAAAACUAUCUAUGAGAAGUUGGGAAGUGCUUUCUCAGAAGAUAUUCAGCAGCUGUAUCUUCAACAAGUUGAGGAAAUCACGCCCAACUUAAGGUACUGUGCUUACAAUAUUGGAGACCAGUCUGCCAUUGAUGAACUGAGGCAACUCAGAAGGAAAGGCGGAGAGGAUCAACUGACAUCUCAUCUAGAUGAUCUGCUUUCUCAAACGAGAGAGAAACAGACAGCCACACUGUCUGAGGUGAAGUGGCAGGGCCGCACUGUACAGGUGAAGAAUGAACCAGUGCGGCUGUUUCUGUUGAAUUUACAGGAUAGCACCAAAGAAAUAGAGUCUGCUGAAGGCAUAGACAGCAAGAUAUCUAUUUAUGAGAGUUUGUUGAAACAGUGUAUCGAUGCCCAGCAAGUUCUGAGGGACACGCUGCAGGAUGAUCAGAACUUCAAAUUAGCUAUUAGGGGACAAGAAAUAGAAGGUAAAAUUUCCAAUCAGCACUACCUGCAUACCUACCUGACCUUUAUAAGGCUGAGUAAGACCGUGGAACGUAACCUGCUGCUGAUAGAGACCAUGAAAGAUUACCUGCCAGGUAAAAAGGUUGAGGAGGGCCACAAGAUCACCAAACCCCAGGACCUAGUCCGACUCUACGACAUCAUUAUACAAAAUUUGAAUGAGAUCCCUAAUCUGACGGGGUUAGACGUAGGUGGCAGUCUAUCCGAGGAAACAGCUGUCAGAGUCCUAGGAUUCAAAGCAUUUAGGUCGUACUACAUUGCUCAGUCCUAUCUGGGAGCCAAGAAGUGGAAGGAGACAAUAUCCCUGUAUGAGAGAGUGCUACAGAACGCACAGAGUGCCUUGAAGGGCUACAGGUCACUCCCGAAACCUCAACAGGCCCAGUUCAAGGUGGAGAUGAGUAAUUUAGAAGAUCUGAUCCACAUUGUGGACGGAGAGAAAUACUCUUGUCAUGCCACCAGUGUUUUGGACAUCAACCACGUGACGGAUCAGAUGGGAGCCAUUACAGUCAACCCAAAAAUGCCGCUGAUUGAGCGUUUGGAGGACUACGCCGAGGACUCCUCCCUGACCAGUAAAAAACCCAACCUGGUGUCCUUCCCGCCGGACUUUGAACCCAUUCCCUGUCGCCCCUUGUUCUUUGACCUAGCCCUGAAUCAUAUAGACUUACCUUCUCUAGAGGAACACUUGGAACAGAAACAGAAAGCGGCCAACCCCAAGGGCCUCACAGGGUUCGUCAAGGGAUGGCUCUGGGGAGGGUCCAAAUAACUGUUUUAUUAGGAAAUUAACCAAUUUUUUUAUACAUUGUGCAUUGAUUAGGGAAGAUAACUCUGUAAGCUGUGUUCAGUAGUUUUACAGAGUGGAAAUAUUUAUUUUGGCUCACAACAUUUUGUAUCAUUGUUUUGAAGCCAUUAUUGAAAUUAUGUUGUAAAAUUGAUAAAGUAGACAACAAUAUAAACUGUCAUAUAGAUUCAUUUUAAAAUACGAUUUGUUUCAAAGUGCAAUUUCCUUGUAAUCCUUUUCAUGAAAUACAUCUGUACAGUAAUUCAUUCUAUAAAUGGAUAUGGUGAUGUUGUUGACGAGUUGUGUAUCUGUUGAUAUGAUAUUCUUCUGAUUCACUUGUCUCAGAAGAUUCUAAUAACAAACAUUUGAUGAUUUUGUGAAAUAAAAGAGUAAUUCAGAGUUA